AUCUCCUUCUUCCUCCCUCUCUCACUCCCCACAAGCACAUCUUCUCUUCUCUUCUCUCAAUCUCUUCAUCCUCUCCACCAACCAACCAUGCCUCCAAUCUUGCCAGACUUCUCCAACUCAGUCAAGCUCAAGUACGUCAAGCUUGGUUACCAGUACCUGGUUAACCAUUUUCUCACUCUCCUCUUAUUCCCCAUCAUGCUGGCAAUCCUCAUUGAAGUUGCUCGUUUGGGUCCUGAAGAAAUUCUUAAUCUAUGGCGGUCCCUUCACUUUGAUCUUAUCCAGAUUCUCUGCUCUUCUUUUCUCAUCAUUUUCGUUGCUACUGUCUACUUCAUGUCCAAACCCAGAACAAUUUACCUCGUUGACUAUGCCUGCUACAAACCACCCGUCACCUUCCGAGUUCCAUUCGCCACCUUUAUGGAGCACAACAGACUUAAUCUCAUCAACAAUCCCAAGAGCGUUGAGUUUCAGACGAGGAUUCUUGAACGCUCCGGUCUUGGAGAAGAAACUUGUUUGCCUCCAGCUAUUCAUUACAUCCCUCCGAGACCAACCAUGGAAGCAGCCAGAGGAGAAGCAGAGCUUGUUAUCUUCUCCGCCAUGGACUCUCUGUUCAAGAAAACUGGGUUAAAGCCAAAAGAUAUCGACAUCCUUAUUGUUAACUGCAGUUUAUUCUCUCCAACUCCGUCUUUGUCAGCCAUGGUGAUUAACAAAUACAAGCUGAGAAGUAACAUAAAGAGCUUUAAUCUUUCAGGGAUGGGGUGCAGUGCAGGGUUAAUCUCCAUUGAUUUAGCUCGUGACCUUCUUCAAGUUCACCCUAACUCAAACGCUGUCAUAGUCAGCACAGAGAUUAUCACUCCCAAUUACUACCAAGGAAAAGAGCGAGCCAUGCUCUUACCCAACUGCCUCUUCCGCAUGGGCGGAGCAGCCAUUCUUUUGUCAAACCGAAGGUCGGAGCAGUGGAGAGCCAAGUACCGUUUGGUCCAUGUGGUUCGAACCCACAAAGGAGCCGACGACAAAGCCUACCGCUGCGUGUUCGAGGAAGAAGACAGAGAAGGAAAAGUGGGUAUUUCACUGUCCAAAGACCUGAUGGCCAUAGCAGGAGAAGCUCUUAAAUCAAACAUCACCACCAUUGGUCCUCUUGUCCUCCCUGCAUCCGAACAACUUCUCUUCCUUCUCACCCUCAUCGGCCGGAAAAUCUUCAACCCUAAAUGGAAACCUUACAUUCCCGACUUCAAGCUUGCCUUCGACCACUUCUGCAUCCACGCCGGUGGCCGCGCCGUCAUCGAUGAGCUCCAGAAAAACCUGCAAUUAUCGACAGAACACGUAGAAGCGUCGAGGAUGACACUCCACAGGUUCGGCAACACAUCGUCGUCUUCCCUGUGGUAUGAGAUGAGUUAUAUCGAGGCAAAAGGAAGAAUGAGAAAAGGUGACAGGAUAUGGCAGAUUGCGUUCGGGAGUGGAUUCAAAUGCAACAGUGCGGUUUGGAAAUGCAACAGAAGCAUCAAAACUCCCACGGAUGGACCGUGGGCUGAUUGCAUUGAGAGGUACCCUGUUCAUAUUCCUGAGAUUGUGAAGCUCUGAGACAGAAUUUCAGACAAAAAAAGGUGGUGCUUAUUUAUUACUUUGGAUGAUUCAGUAAGUAUUACUUUGGAUGAUUCAGCAAGUACUUUAGAAAUUUAGAACCCAAAAAAAAAAAAUGUUGAUGAUUAUCAUAACGUCUGUGGAUUUGCAUUUACUUCCCAUCUUCUUCUUCAUCUUCUUCUUCAUCUUCAUCUUCUUCUUUUUCAUAUCUUCCUUCUCUGUAUUUCUAUUUUUAAGGACCAUGAAAACCUGCAUACAUAUCCCAAUAUGCUCUUUUUUAUGUAAUCCUCCUGUAAACACAUUACAAUUUAGUAUUGUUGUUCAAGUCUGGAAUUACAAGUGUUUGAUUCGACCUUGGAUUAAUUAAUAAAACGUGGAUUGACCUCA